GUUGGGAAGUUUUGGCGUUUAGACCUUGACAAGGAAGGAACGAUCAACGAUGUAAACAUCAGUAAAAAUCCCACAUGGAUUUUCAGUUAUGGCCACAUCUUUGUUCUGCUCUGUUCUUCUUUUUUGGGACGCCGGAUUCACUUCAAGCAGAGAAACACUCGCUGUAUUACAUUUACACAGCCUUGUCUAAACCUGUGGAUCUGCCGGGCAUCUAUGAAUUCAGUGCUAUGGGUCUGCUGAACGACACACAGAUCGACUAUUACAAUAGUAAAGAACAGACAAAGAUUCCCACACAGUCCUGGAUGAAAGAGAAAUUGACAGAGGAUUACUGGGAAAAAGGCACUCAGUCUAGAAAGAGAAAAGCAGAGUGGUUUAAUGUGAGCGUCAAUGUUCUGAUGAAGCGCAUGAAUCAAAGUGAAUCAGAUCUUCAUGUUUUUCAGUGGAUAACUGGUUGUGAAACUGAGCAGAUGGGAGAUGAAGUGAAGUUUCUCAAAGGCAUUUUUGAGUAUGGCUAUGAUGGAGAGGACUUCUUGUCUUUUGAUGUUAAAGAGUCUCAAUGGGUCGCUCCAGUUGAUGAAGCUCUACCAACCAAGAGAAAAUGGGACAAUGUGCCGAUCCUAAACCAUUACACCAAAGGAUACCUGGAGAAAGAGUGUGUGGACUGGCUCAACAAAUUCAGAGAAUAUGGAGACAAGACGCUCAUAAACGGCUCUCUUCCAGAUGUUCAUUUCUUUGCAAGAAAGUGUAUCAAAGAUAAAAACAUGCUGAAACUCACCUGUCUGGCCACUGGCUUCUACCCCAAAGAUGUGAUAAUGAACAUUAGGAAAUAUCGCACAUCUGUGCCUGAAGAUGAGAUUGAAUCCACAGGAGUCAGACCAAACCAUGAUGGAUCCUUCCAGAUGAGGAAGAGUGUGGAGAUCAAGAAGGAUGAUGAAGCAGAAUAUGAAUGUUUUUUGUCCCACAGUACCGUCAAAGAACCAAUCGUCGUCAAAUGGGAUGGAAAAUGUCCAGAGUGCAGGUCAGAUUCUGUCAGAGCAGGUUUAAAUGGAGGAGUGUAUGGCGGUGUGUUUAUCCUGGCAGUUUCUGUUGUAGUGAUUUGCAUCUUAUGGAAGACAAACAUUAUUGCUUUCAGAUGCACAAAUCCUAACGAAGAUGAGAAUGCUGGAGAUCCACUUCAAGAAGGACUCCCACACUAGUAUUACAGCACAAUCAAUACUGCAACAGAUCAAGCCCUGUUAUAGACACUUGUGAAAUUUGUCAAUAUACCAAUAUCAGUAUUGGGGAUCCAAGAUGGCGACCUAAAGAAUAUCACUAUAAUUGAAUGCAGAACCAUUGCAUUCAGUUGUAUUUUUUCAACAGAGGAGGCCAGAGGCUAGAUUAGUUGCUUAGUUAGUUGAUUAGUUGUCUAGAUCAAAGAAACACUAAAACCUCAAGUAAAUCAGAGCUGGAGCAUAACCGUCAGGGUGAGGACAGUGCUGCUGUCAGUUCGGAUGCUAACACUAAUAACACAGGUUAUUACAGGAAUCACAGAUAACAUUUAGAAACUGACUGACGAAAAGUUGAGUCUGCUGUCACUACUUCUGCAUCAGCCAAAUGAAAAACUCUAUAACCAUGAAAAACAAAUCACAGACGACAACAAUCAACAAUCUGGAGACGCUAGAGAGACGAAGGCUUGGAAAACUCUAAGGCGAAAAUUAUCCAGGAUUUCACUGCUGUCAUUUUGUACAGAGAAGGUCAAGUAACUUCUUGAGGGCGGAUGUCACCACUUUUGCACAGCUUUAUCCUGCCUCUCUCAAAGUCAAACUCUGGGUAACAACCAACAUGUCCCAGCAUCCAUAUGAAGUGGACAAAUACUUGGCAUCAAUGGAGGUGAUGAUGACUUUGCUCUCAAGCAUUUAGUUUUUAUUGUCAUGCUGGCAAAAUAAGUGUGACCCAUGUGUUUUUCUGUCUCUUGUCUGUUCUGUUUUGUAUUGGGCUCUCUGUUAUAUAGACAUGUUUUGAUUGUUUAAGCUCAACAUGCACUACAUGUUAACUAACUUUCUUUUGUCAUUCAGGGUCCUGUUUACACUGAAUCAUGUUAUUCAAGAGUAAUAACUCACUGGCUGUUUGUACUGUUCCUUGUAUUAUAGUUUAUUAGUUUAUUAGUAUUAUAGAUAUUCGUUCUGGGAUUUUUCUGGUAGCUAGUGUCUAGUAUUCUUAAGAUCUGUUCCUGCAACGUUAAUUUAAAAAAAAAAUUAUGUGAUUGAAAAAGGUCUGAGGUUUGGGGAAGAAAUUGCCAUUAUGAAAGUAUAUUAUUGAAAUAUGUCACUCGUUCCCAUCAGGCAACAUAGUCUAUUAGUUUGUUUUUAAAUAAGACACCAAUCUCAAGAACUCAAAUGCUAAUCAAUGAAAGUACAAAAAAGUGAUCACAUGACCCACAGGAGUAAAUUUUGUAAAUCCAUUUGUAAAUAUAUUUGCAUGAUUUUGUAAUCCUCUUAUAAGAAUAGUAAUUCACAUACUAUAUCUGCACAUUUUCAUAACACAGCAUAACUGACACACAUCCGGUUUCUUUCUCGACUGUUCACUUAUGACAUAACCGAGAGAAUACUUGCCGAGACAUAAUUUUCAAUGUUCAAGCGCAAGUAAACACGGAAGAGGAAUUAAUUUGGUGUUUGAGCGCUGUCUGACUCUCUCUCUAUUUUCGCCUUUUCUUCCGCUUUUAAAAUCAUUUGAAUGUAAUAGUUGGCGAGACAAAACAUGUUAAAUUUAGCAGUUAAUCCGCGAAUCACGUGUGCCAAACCAUAUUGGAUAUUAUCUGUAUCACGGAUUAACUGUGAUCCAUUGCACACCUAAUACUGAAAGAAUACACUUAUCAUCACGAUUGCUAUCUUACCAGAGAUUAAGAAAAAUCCUACUCCAUUAAGUAAAUGUGUCUUCUUCUGUGGAUUUAUUGGUGGGUUGCAAACCAACUGGAAAGGUGCAUACUGCCACCUACUGUGCUGGAGUAUGAUGAAGAUGAAACAUGAAAGAUUUACUCUGUAUUUCAGGCCACUAUUCCUCAAGAACGUAAUUAAUGCUGUAAUUUUUCUACCAGACUCUAUUCCUGUCUUUAAAAUAUUAUAUGGUGAAAUCUGUAAUACCCAAAGCUUGCAUUUCUCUUAUAAGCUCAAUUCUUUCCUUUUCAAAUUUUUUACAUCUAAUCAAAACCUGUUCUACAGUUUCCAUUUCCUGACAUACAUUACAAAAACCAGAGUUGUGUUUGCCGAUGAUAUGUAGUGUUGCAUUAAGAUUGGUGUGACCCAUUCUUAAUCUUGUAAAUAUAAUAAAUUCCUUUCUGUUUAUAUUAUGAUUAA